AAGCACUGCCCCCAACAUCCGGAAGAAGCUUCAGGUCGCUCUCCAUCCCGGUCUGUCAUCAAAUCCGCUCACCAUCAAGCCCAUGUCCCGCCUCUGCAGAAGCAAUACCCAUGGCCCAUGAGGUGGAUGGAGGAGGGGUGGGCCGCAUCGAUAGGGUCCCGGUCGUGUGCUUCCAAGACCUCUCUCCGCCCAAUCAUCCUCCAUCUCAUCCACCCAGCGCCGCCCCAAACGGCAUCGCUUUCUGUCCAGGCCUCUGAUCACCGCCCCAGUGUGGCAGAGCCAUGCACCCGUGGCACAACCACCGACGCAUCAUGGAUCGAUGGAUACGCAGUACGGACUACGGAGCACACGACGAUAUCGCGCCUCCAGACUUUCCAUUGA